AUGGUAUCUUUAGAGAUGGAACACAUUUUAGAUAUAUACUAUUUAAACUAUUUACGUGAUGGUGACGAUAGUAUAUUCCCAUCAACAUACAAAAAAGAGAUUAUGAGAGAAAUGGCUUUCUAUAGACUAUGUAAAUCUCCUUCAAAUCUAAUUGAUUUCCCAUGUAUUGCAAUGAUUACAGAUUGGAUUGGUUCUUAUCGUUCCUAUAAAAUGAUUCACAAGUGUGACGAUCAAGGUGAAACAGUUACAUUGAUUAAAUCGGCUGAUGGAAAUGUAUUUGGAGGAUAUAUUAGUCAAUCUUGGAAUUCAACAAAUACAUUCUAUGGCGAUAGUAAAUGUUUCCUAUUCACUAUCAUCAACAAACAAGGACUGAAUCCUGCAAAUGGAGGAACAAAGAAACCUAUUUGGGGUCACAAGGAUCUAUUAACAUCGUUUGGAGCACAGGAUAUCUAUCUCAGGCCUAUUCAUGAAUAG